UGAAUUUGUUUGUGCGUCGUGGUUUAACAUUAGUUAGUGGAAGUUACAUUAUACCACAUAUAUUAGCAGCAAAAAAUUUAAUUCCGACUGUUUGGUACGAAUAUUCUUUGUAGUUUGCAGUUUAAUAUUGUUUUCAAAGUGUAGUAUACUGGCAAGACGUGAUACCGUCUGAUGUAAUGGCUGAUGAACGGGAGAGAGAACCAGCUGGAUUGGAUGGAUUACCUCCGAUGUACAGCAUUCUGAGGGGAGAGGUUGCAUCUGUUACGACAUAUGGUGCUUUUGUUAAAAUUACAGGAUAUAGAAAACAAGGUCUGGUUCAUAAGAGUGAGAUGUCUGCCUGUAGGGUAGAGAACCCGGCUGAAAUAGUUGAUGUAGGGGAGAGCGUCUGGAUAAAAGUCAUUGGCAGAGAGAUUAAGGAUGAUAAAGUCAAGCUCUCCUUCUCCAUGAAAGCUGUCAAUCAAGGCACCGGGCGGGACCUAGACCCCAACAAUGUAAUGGCGGAACAGGAUGAACGCAGACGAAGGCAGUUCAGGGAUCACACGGGACAGAAGAUCACCCUGGAGGCUGUGCUCAACACCACAUGCAAAAAGUGUGGCUGCAGAGGUCACUUUGCCAAAGACUGCUUCUCAACGCCUGGACUUCAAUACAGUUUAGUGCCAGAAGAGGAAGAGCCAGCGUCCAGCCAGACCACCCAAUCAGAGCCUCUUAAACGUAAAAAGGAAAAGAAGGCAAAGAAAGAAAAGAAGAACAAAAAGGAAAAAAAGAGAGACAAUUCUUCAUCUGAUAGCAGUGAUGAUGAUGCCAAAAGGCCACGACAUUCACACACGCAUUCAAAGAAAAAGCACAAGAAGCACAAACACAAAACACAAAAGUGAAUCAUUUCUAUAUGGUGUAAACGCAGUGAUAUUUUAUGUACAACUGGAGAAAUGUGCUUGCAUUUGGUCUAUCAAAAAUAAAUGUGUGGUUGAUCAGCACUUGAUCAAUAAUGAAA